CGACGCCACAGCAUCGACGGCCCGUUGGUUAAUCUUCUACAGUCUACACUCUGUUUUCUGUCAUCCAUACGAAUUAGUACGUCCAAACUCGAGGUUCAAGGCAAAAUGCCCCGGAAGAACAAAACUGCAGCCUCUGUUGCAGAAAAUCGUGAAGCUCAGCGCAGGUCAAGAGCCCGACGGCAAGAGCUGAUUGCGGAUCUACAGAGUCGAUUGGAAGAGUACGAGCGGAUGGGCGUAGCAGCCUCUAUAGAGAUGCAACGCGUUGCUCAGGCCGUCAACGUCCAGAACCAACGCCUGAAGAGCUUGCUUGUCGGCUUCGGGGUCUCGGAAAAUGAAAUUGAGCGAUAUCUGUCCUCCCCCGAGGAAGAUCAUCGGGCAUUGAAUCCUCGACACCGAUGCAACACAUGUGGACGUUUAUUACUUGGAAUAACGCAAACGAGAGUCAUGCCGAUGGACGAUCCGUCCCAGAGCUCCUUUGGGUCUGUAUCAAGCAUGGCCGGAGAUGCGGUGCCGAUCCUCGCAUCGAUCUUGUCAAAUCCAACCCUGCCGACAUCUGCCGAGCCGCCGAUCGAAUCGAUGCUACAACCCCGAGAAGAAAAUAAAGGAGUCUUCAUGCUUCAAGCAGAGGAUCACGGAUUUCACUACCAAAUGCAUGCAGCAAACGGUCUUGACAACACAACUGCCGACAGUUCCUCAGCCCCAACAGACGCGCUCUCGCCGCUAUCCGACUCAUCAAAUUCCAUCAUCCGUCAUUCUAACCAUUCGGAACCCCUAGAAACCUCGUGCGACAAAGCGGCAGAAAUACUCGUCGAACUCCACAACCAUGCAGAUCCAUCGUGGGCUCGUUCGGCUCUGGGGUGUCAUGGAGAUAGCAGCUGCUCUGUCAAGAACACCAAAAUCUUUCAGCUCAUGGAUCAUCUCGACUAG